UAAUGAAUGUUCGUCCAGUCCAUGUGUGCAAGGUACCUGUAUGGAUUAUGUUGCUUCCUACCGUUGCGAUUGUAGCCCAGGAUACACAGGAGUCAACUGUCAAACAGAAAUUGAUGAAUGUUCGUCGAGUCCGUGUCUACAUGGUGGUACAUGCUCAAAUCACAUCGACUCAUACUCUUGCUCAUGUGAUGUGGGAUACACAGGAGUCAACUGUGCAACAGAAAUUGAUGAGUGCAAUCAACAUGAUUGUGUAAACGGGGCAUGCCGAGAUCAAAUCGGUUUCUUCGUAUGUGACUGUACAGCUGGAUAUAUGGGAACAAAAUGCGAAACAGAAAUCUUUGAGUGUUCUUCCAAUCCAUGUCAGCACAGCGGAACUUGUGUGGAUAUGAUCAAUGGAUAUCAAUGUCAAUGCACAGAAGGAUACACUGACAAGCAUUGUGACAUAAAUAUCAACGAAUGUCAGAGCAACCCAUGUCAAAAUGGAGGCAGCUGUCUUGGCCUGGUGAACAGUUAUCAAUGCAAUUGCCAAACAGGAUACACAGACAGUCACUGUACAACAAAUAUUAAUGAGUGUGCAUCCACCCCAUGUCAAAAUAAUGCCACUUGUCAAGACAACAUUGGGCAGUUCAAAUGUUUGUGUCCGACUGGAUUCACCGACACUUUAUGUCAAACAAAUAUCGAUGAUUGUGUUAGAGUGCAGUGUCUCAAUGGUGGUUAUUGUAGUGAUCUCAUUGCUGACUAUCACUGCAACUGUGCUCCUGGAUACACAGGAAAGCGAUGUGAUGUUGAUAUCAACGAAUGUUUGUCUAAUCCUUGUCAGAAUGGGAUGUGUACACACCAAGUUAAUCUCUACAAAUGUACCUGUAAUCAAGGAUACACGGGAACAAAUUGUGAAAAAGUGACAUCAGGCAAUGAGACUGCUGCAGGGUUGUCAGUAGCAGUUGAGGCUGCAGUUGGUACAGUGUCUGGGUUUAUUGUCAUUCUGAUCGUGGCAGCUACUUUCUGUUUAUAUCAAUGGAGAUCCUCAAAAAGAAAUGUUGAUGUCUCGGUGAGGUCCAACACUACUAAAAUGGAUGAACUGAGACAAACAUAUGUUGAUACGACAUACAAGACAGUGGCUAACACUAAUGAUUACACUGAUAUGACAGAUGAGACAGUGGCUAACACUGAUGAUGGUUACACUGAAGCAUUCACAGCAAUUUGAUUAUACGAAGAAACAUCAGUGGUGGGGACACUGAAUGAAUCAUAUGGUGUGACAGUUGAUCAGAACUAGAACAAUUAACAGACAUUUAAUUAAUUACAAAAUGUAAUAGCUCAGUCUUGUAGUGCAUGUGCUCAUGCAGUCAUUCUAAAGUCAUUUUGAAGUGUGUUAUCAACCUAGCAAUACAACUGAACUUUUUUCUGACC